ACAGUUGAGAGUGUUUAUUCAUUCAAGAUAGUAGGUAAAAGAUUGGUGUAUGAAGUAACGUUCGGGGAACGUGAUUAUGUGACGGAAGGGCCUGCACUACUGUCAAGUUAAAAAGCCGAAAUAACUUAACAUGUUUUUUUAUGAGUAAAAAAUCAGAAAAAAAAGAAUAAAAGGAAAAGAAAAAGGAGUCACGCAUUUGCAACGGAUAUAUACGGAGUACACUCUUCAACAUGUGAAUCAAGUGAAGCAAUCAAUCAAAUAUAUUGAAUUCAAUCAACAAAGUUAGAUGGUGCCAUCGUUACUUAUUUCCACUAUCCCCACUCUCUCUCUUUCUUCAGCUUUUGUCUCCAUUCAAUUAUUCAUACUAUUAGACAACUACCCACCCCUACUAUUUUACCUCUUUUCACACUUUGGUGGGAACUAAAGUUACAAAAAAUCUGCAUUAAAAACUGCCUUCAAAAAAUAAAGUACUCUUAUCAUCUUUCUCAAAAAAUAUUACUCCUAUAAUAUCUAUAUCCAUUCCAUUCUCCACUCUCAUUCCUAAAUCUUGAGGGUGAGAAAAAAACUAAAAAGAAGAAGAACUAACACAAUGAAGUUCUCUUUUCCUGUAUUUCUUUUGGUUUUGUUAAUGGGUCUAUGUGAUGCAUCUUCUUUGAAGAGCACUUACAUAGUGCACGUUGCAAAAUCUGAAAUGCCAGAGAGUUUCGAGCACCAUGCUUUAUGGUAUGAGUCUUCUUUACAAUCUGUAUCUGAAUCAGCUGAAAUGAUGUACACUUAUGAAAACGCGAUUCAUGGUUUCUCAACCAGAUUAACUGAUGAAGAAGCGCGUUUGCUUGAGAGCCAAACGGGGAUUCUAGCUGUUUGGCCUGAAGUGAAAUAUGAACUUCAUACAACAAGAACUCCUCAGUUUCUUGGCCUCGAUAAAUCCGCCGACAUGUUGUUCCCUGCAUCAAGCACAGGAAGCGAUGUUGUCGUCGGUGUUCUCGAUACCGGUGUUUGGCCGGAAAGUAAAAGCUUCGACGACACUGGAUUUGGUCCUAUACCCACAACAUGGAAAGGCGCGUGUGAAUCGGGUACAAACUUCACAGCUUCAAACUGCAACAAAAAGCUCAUCGGAGCAAGAUAUUUCGCAAAAGGUGCUGAAGCCAUGUUAGGUCCUAUCGACGAAACAACAGAGUCUAGAUCUCCACGAGACGACGACGGUCACGGCACACACACCUCAACAACAGCAGCAGGAUCAGUCGUUACAGGUGCAAGUCUCUUCGGUUACGCUUCCGGAACAGCGCGUGGGAUGGCCACGCGCGCUAGAGUUGCUGCUUACAAAGUUUGUUGGAAAGGUGGUUGUUUCAGUUCCGAUAUUUUAGCAGCUAUUGAUAAAGCUAUUUCAGACAAUGUUAAUGUUCUGUCACUUUCUCUCGGUGGUGGCAUGUCUGAUUAUUACAGAGAUAGUGUUGCUAUUGGUGCUUUUGCUGCAAUGGAGAAAGGGAUUCUCGUUUCUUGCUCCGCUGGAAAUGCUGGUCCUAGUGCUUAUAGUUUAUCUAAUGUAGCUCCAUGGAUUACUACCGUGGGUGCUGGCACACUUGAUCGUGAUUUCCCUGCUUCUGUUAGUCUCGGUAACGGAUUAAAUUAUUCCGGCGUGUCGCUUUAUCGAGGCAACGCUUUGCCGGAAUCUCCAUUACCGUUGAUUUAUGCAGGGAAUGCUACUAAUGCUACCAAUGGGAAUUUAUGUAUGACUGGAACUUUAUCGCCGGAGUUAGUUGCCGGGAAGAUUGUUUUAUGUGACCGUGGGAUGAAUGCUAGGGUACAGAAAGGAGCUGUUGUGAAAGCUGCCGGUGGAUUGGGAAUGGUGCUGAGUAACACGGCGGCGAACGGUGAAGAGCUGGUGGCGGAUACUCAUUUGUUACCGGCGACGGCAGUUGGUGAGAAAGAAGGUGAUGCGAUCAAGAAAUAUUUAUUCUCCGAUGCGAAAUCGACGGUUAAGAUUGUGUUUCAAGGAACAAAGGUGGGAGUGCAACCUUCUCCGGUUGUCGCGGCGUUUAGUUCACGUGGUCCCAACUCAAUCACACCGCAGAUCUUGAAACCUGAUCUAAUAGCGCCAGGUGUCAACAUCUUAGCUGGGUGGUCAAAGGCAGUAGGUCCCACUGGUUUACCAGUUGAUGAAAGACGCGUGGAUUUCAAUAUUAUCUCUGGUACAUCCAUGUCGUGUCCUCACGUGAGUGGUUUAGCCGCUUUGAUUAAAUCGGCUCAUCCGGAAUGGAGUCCAGCUGCUGUUAGAUCGGCUCUUAUGACAACGGCUUAUACGGCUUACAAAAACGGUAACAAAUUGCAAGAUAGUGCAACUGGAAAAACCUCCACACCGUUUGAUCAUGGAUCAGGACACGUGGAUCCUAUUGCUGCACUUAACCCUGGGUUGGUUUAUGAUUUAACUGUGGAUGAUUAUUUAGGUUUUCUCUGUGCAUUAAACUACACAGCAACGCAAAUAACAGCUUUGGCAAGGAGAAAGUUCCAGUGUGACGCGGGUAAAAAGUACAGUGUGUCUGAUCUUAAUUACCCUUCAUUUGCCGUUGUUUUUGAUACAAUGGGUGGGGUUAAUACAGUUAAACACACGAGAACUCUUACAAACGUGGGACCCGCGGGAACUUACAAGGCUUCCGUGACGUCUGAUUCAAAAGCUGUGAAAAUAACGGUUGAUCCUGAAGAGUUGAGUUUCAAGGAGAAUGAGAAGAAACCGUUUACGGUAACGUUUACUUCUUCGGGUUCGACACCUCAGAAGGUGAAUGGAUUUGGAAGAUUGGAAUGGAGUAAUGGGAAGAGUAUUGUUGGAACUCCAAUUUCAAUUAGUUGGGAUUGAUUCUUGAAAACAAAACAAUAAAUUAAUUAACCUUGUUAUUUAGUAGGUUGAUCAAAGGUUCAUCACUCACUCGAAGAGGGGUGUGUCUUGAUUAACUAGUGAUUAUGUAAUUUUAUUUUUAUAUAUGGAAACAAAAUGUUGUUUAUUGAAA